AUGAAUGCGGAAACACAAGCAAUUUUGCUUGCCCUCAAAACUCAAGGUGAAGCGCUAACAACUAUCAUGAAUCAAAUAUCAGUAAGCCGUAGUAACACACAAACAUCAACAAGAAAUUUAACGGAUACAUUAUUAACACAUUCAAUAACAUUCGAAGCAUUCAACGAAGAAGCUGAAACAUUCGCAUCAUAUCGGGAAAGGUUAGAAAAUUUUUUUACUUUACGUCAAAUUUCAGGUACGAGUGCCGAGGUUGCAAAAGCUAAAGUGCAAAUUCUUAUUAAUUGUCUAGGAAGUAAAUAUUAUCAACUUAUUUCAAGUUUAACAUCUCCAAGUAAACCUAGCGACAAAACAUACACGGAGCUAAUUGAACUUUUAGAAAAACAAUUAAGCCCCCCCUCAAAUGUUCAUACUGAACGUCAUAAAUUUUUAUCGAGAAUACAACACUCAGACGAAUCAAUUGCAAGCUACGUAGCAGCCCUUAAACUACUUCUCCAUACGUGUAAAUGGGUUUGUCCAAUCGACAACUGUAAACAGCCCAUCCCUUCUAUAUUACAAGCACAAUUUAUUCGCGGACUAAAAGAUGUAGAUAUUCGUGAAAAAAUAUUGCAACAAGAUGAAACCAUUAGUUUCGAUAAAACUCUAGAAAUUGCUUUAGCCAUUGAAGCAGCAAAAAGACAAAACAAAGAAGAUUACCAGAAACCCGCUAUACCUAUCAAUCGUAUCGGCAAUACUCGAAGAUCUAACAAAGCAGAAUUUUAUAAUAAUAAACAACAGCGAAAUCGUUCAAAAUCGCGACAACGUCCUCAAAUUAUAGACAGAUCUUCACAAAUUGAACGAUUAGGACUUAAACACACGUGUCUAUCAUGCGGUUGUAAGAAACCUGGCCAUUUAGUAAAAGUUUGCAUGUCUACAGCGUUAGGUAACAAACAACUUAACCAAUCCUUCAAUUCAUCUACAUCAACCGUUAAUAUUGUCGAACAUAAUCCUGAAGAUGAAUAUGCUAUUAACUCACUCAAUAUUAUACCCUCAAAAACUCAAAUAAUACUCGAUAUCAAUUCAGCGAAUCUUGACCAGAAAAUUAUAGUAUCUGUUGGUAUAGGUCAUAAUAAACAAAGUUUUUCUUUUGAAUUAGAUUCCGGUAGCCCUGUCACAAUUAUAUCGCGGAAGGACUUCGACUCACUAUCCCUCGACGUUAAGCUCAAACCCACAAAUAUUAAAUUCAGAUCUUACACUAAGGAGCUAUUUUCUCCACAAGGCGUGGCUAUCGUCCCAGUUUCCUAUAAUAAUAAAAAAUCACUAGAAGAAUUAUAUGUGGUAGAAAGAGAUUAUUCACCCAUACUUGGAAGAGUAUGGAUUAGAAGGCUCGGAAUUAUAAAUCUAAACAAAAUUGAAAAUAAUCGUAACGUAAGAAAUAUUAUACCACGUGUUCUAGCUAUAGAUACGCCAGAAACCUUUUCAAAAGAUAUUCUCUCUCGAUAUUCAAAUGUGUUUGAAGCACGUAUAGGUCGUAUCCCGAAUGUUGUAUGCUCAUUAAAGAUACAAGAAAAUGCAAAACCAAUUUAUAUAAAACCAAGGCCUAUUCCUUACGCUUUAAUAGAUCAAGUGAACGAUGAACUUGAUUCCCUCGAAAAGCAAGGUAUAAUUGAAAAAUCAAAUUAUUGCCAAUGGGGUUCACCAUUAGUAGUAGUACCAAAACCAGGCAAUCAGGGUGUGCGCAUAUGUGCUGAUUAUAAAAUCAGUAUUAACCCCCUCCUUUUAGAUAACCGGUAUCCGAUUCCCAGGGUAGAAGAUUUAUUUAACAAAUUACGUGGUGGAAACUAUUUUUGUGUACUAGAUAUACACAAAGCAUACUUACAUGUAGAACUAGAUAAAGAAAGUUCACAUAUUGCGGCUAUCUCAACUCAUAAAGGUACAUAUCUUGCUAAACGCAUGUUUUACGGACUGAAAACAGCACCCGCGGAAUUCCACAAAAUUUUAGACCCGAUUCUCUCAAACCUAGAAGGUACCUUAGCAUACUUUGAUGAUAUUCUUAUUCAAGGCGAAACACUCUCUAUCUGCAAACAACGGGUUGAGAAAUGCUUAAAACGUCUUCAAGAUUUUAAUAUUCAAUUAAAUUACAAUAAAUGUAAAUUUUUCGUUAGGGAAAUUAAAUAUCUCGGACAUGUCAUUAGUACAAAAGGACUGCUCAAAACAAAAGACAAGAUACUUGCCGUUCAAAAAGCACCGAUUCCCACAAAUGUCGAAGAACUACGUUUCUUCCUGGGUUUAGCGAUGUAUUAUCAACGCUUUAUCCCAAAUGCAUCAACACUUUUCUACCCCCUCAACCAAUUACUACGCCACGAUACGAAAUAUCAGUGGUCACGAGAAUGUAAUGAUGCAUUCGAAAAAAUUAAAACGGAGUUGGCAAGUGAGCGUGUAUUAACACCGUACAAUCCAAAUUACCCCCUGAUAUUAGAAACAGACGCCAGCCCGGUGGGACUUUCGGGAAUUCUUUCUCAUGAAAUAGACAAUGAAAUACGUCCAAUUGCUUACGCCUCUCGAUCCUUAACAGUAGCCGAAAAGAAUUAUAGCCAAUUAGAUAGGGAAGCUACUGCUGUAUUUUGGGCUUGCAAACAUUUCUUUCAAUAUAUCUAUGGACGCCAUUUCACACUUGUCGUAGAUAAUAAUCCUCUAAAAAUGAUUCUCGAACCAAACAAACAGUUGCCUCAACUUACAGCACUUAGACUACUACGUUACGCUCUAUUUCUAAGAGGAUUCGAAUAUUCUAUUAAGCAUCGUCCGGCCAGUAGCCAUCAAAAUGCAGAUUAUUUCUCUCGAGCACCGCUUCCUUGCACUGACGUACUUCGUAUCGAUGAAAUAAGUAAAGUUUUCGACCUAACGAUACAUCAACUCAGCACAUCAAAAGCGAUUACCGCUGAAACUAUUCGCCAAGAAAUAAAUAAAGACAGUGAACUCUUGAAAAUUAAAGAGCGCUUGCAGAAUGGUAAAAUUCGUGAUCCAGAACUAUCAUUACACAAAGGUCUGGUCAUGAGAGGACAACGUGUCUACAUCCCCUCUAAGCUUCAACCAGAAAUAUUAAAAGAAUUACAUGCAACUCAUGUAGGAAUUGUCAAGAUGAAAGCUAUCGCGAGAUCAGUUUGUUAUUGGCCAAACAUCGAUCGGGAUAUAGAAUCUCUAGUAAAAUCUUGCAUUCCAUGUGCUUUAGUUAAGAAAAUGCCGAAUAAAGCACCCUUACAUCACUGGGAAGUACCCAAGGAGCCAUGGCAACGAAUCCAUGUCGACUACGCUGGUCCUUUUCACAAUCGUUAUUUUUUAAUCGUAGUAGACGCGAAAACAAAAUGGGUUGAAAUACAAAUUCAACAAAAUGCACCAACAUCAAAAUCAACAAUCGCCGAUCUAGCAGAAAUAUUUAGCCGGCAGGGGUUACCUUAUCAUAUGGUAACUGAUAAUGCAAGUAUUUUUAAAUCAGAAGAAUUCACAUCAUUUUGCAACCGAAAUGGAAUAAAAUUAUUUAACUCUGCACCAAAUUAUCCUCGAACCAACGGCGCGGCCGAAAGACAAGUUCAAACUUUCAAAAAUAAAAUCAAGUGUAUGAUGAUGGAAGAUCCUGGAAACAUAAAUGAAAAAUUGCAGCAAUUUUUAUUCCGGUAUCGCAAUACACCAUUAGAAAACAAGAAAACACCCUCUGAAUUACACAUGGGAAGACCAUUGAGAACAAAACUUGAUUUAAUCAAACCAUCACCCAACAUACCCUCAAUUCUACCAAAUUUUGAAAAAUUUUACCGCGUGGGUGAACGUGUCCAAUCACGUAAUUAUUAUGGCAAUGUUAAUUGGAAAUUUGGCACAAUUAUACAAAGGCUAGGUCGCCUUCACUAUUUAGUUCGUUUAGAUGAUGGAUACGAACUGAAACGACACUAUGAUCAACUUUGUAGUACCGAAGUGGGUCCACAAACCAAAUUCAAUUUAACCGAAACAAAGCCACAAGAGGCAUGCGCAGCUUCAGCAAAACCUAAACCAAAACGAGUUGUCACAUUUCAACUACCAACUCAAAACAAUUUACCGUGUUUGACUACAACACCGCCAAGCUUGGAAAUUCCAGUACCAGCUGAACCAGCAACAACCAACGUUCCCAUGGAACCUGUCCGUCGGUCUACAAGACCAAGAAAACCCUUAAAAAGAAUGGAUUUGUAG